AUGUCGGAACCUCUCGCUAAAGUCGACUCCGCCGUUCAAGGGCUGUCUUCGUCGCCGCCAAAGGAUAAGAGCACAAGGAGAGCCAGCUCCGCCGCCGCUGCCGGUGUCUACAACGUCAAUGACCUGGAGAAGGAAGGGAUCGAACUAGAAAUUGCCAUUGAGACGCAAAAAACUGGCUGGAAAAUCAACAAGAGCACGUCAACAGUAGAUGACCCGAGCAUUCUCAAGCUUCAUUUGACGAAACCUCCCAUCAAGAAGAUUGACCUGCACUUCCCCUUGGGCCUGGAAGUCACCGCCCGUAACCUCAAGGGUGUAACCAUCAAGGAUGCUCUAGACGCCAUACACAAGUCUUACAAGAAACGGGCCGAUGACGAGCUCGACAAGCCCUACCUCGCUGGCUUUGAGUGGGACAAGGAGGAGUCCUGGACACGACUGGUUGUUCACCUUCAGAAGGAGCCUACCGCGACCGGGUUCGGAGGUGGUGGUGGCAAGAAGAAGAAGAACAAGAAGGAAGAAGAGUAA